AAGCGGGCUGCCCAGCCAGAGAAAGCAAAGAGGGGACAAGGGGGAAAACUUGUGAAGUUGAUGGUAGCUAUUUCAUACGGGAAAGGGGUCAUUGAAUGUGAACAGUAUGAGUACCUCGACGGAAAAUAUUUUUCCAAUUACAUUCGAAGAAAAUUUCGCGGAAUGUUUAAAAAAUUGAACAAAUUUCCAUUGCGUCUGUGGUUCAAGAUGGUGACCCCAGCCAGAAUUGUGGGGACGCUAAGAAAGAAAUGCAAAAAAAAAAGGCGCAGAGCUCUUUACUAUACCUGCAACAAGAGGCUGGCAAAACAAGUCUUGGCGCAAAAUAUUACAAAAGAAAAUUACGCCCUAUUCUCUAAGCGUGAGAAAGAAACUAUUUUGAAUUUUGACUCGCAUACCAUUGAUAAAACAAUUGAUUCAAUGCCUAAAAGAAUCGACAUGAUUUUAGCCUCUAAAGGACAAAGAACAAAGUACUAGUGAUUUGUUAUCAUAUUUUCCAGU